AUGCGGAGGGUCACCUCCUUCAGGGUCUUCUCCCCUACCCCUUCCGGCGACGGGAGGGUAAUCCCUCGCUGGCUGCGGUUGCGGUGCUUCUCCGCCGCGGCGGCGGUGCCGCUUCCCGAAGUGCCCGAGUCGUUGGGUUCCCUCGCGACUGAAGAGCCCGAGAAGAAGAAGGAGAAGAAGAAGCGGAGGAGGAGAUUGACGAAGGGGUCGACGUCAUCCUCCGCGAGCGGCUAUAGCGAGACGGCCGAGAUUGUCCGCUGGAACAAGGUCAUCACGGGCCACAUGCGAUGGGGGCGCUGCGAGGAAGCCAGCCAGGCGUUCGACGCGAUGCCCCGCCGCACCACCGUCUCCUGGAAUGCCAUGCUCUCCGGCUACAUCACCAACGACCGGUUUGAGCUCGCCCUGCACGUCUUCCGCCGCAUGCCGCACCGCGAUCUCGUCUCCUGGAACACUAUGAUCAGCGGAUUUGUGCGGAACGGCGACCUCAGCUCUGCCCGGAGGCUGUUCGACGAGAUGCCUGACAGAGACAUCGUCUCCUGGAACGCCAUGAUCUCCGCUUACGCCCAGUACGGCCAGGUCGACGCCGCCCGGGAGAUGUUCGACCGGGCGCCCGUCAAGAAUGCCAUCACCUGGAACGGUCUUCUGGCCGCCUACGUCCAAAACGGUCGCCUCGAGGCUGCACGCAAGCUGUUCGACUCCAGUCCGGAGUGGGAGACGGUAUCUUGGAACGCCAUGUUGGCGGGAUACGUACACAGGCGGAGGCUCGAGGAGGCUCGGGAGCUGUUUGACCGAAUGCCCAGGAGGGACGUCGUUUCAUGGAACACGAUGGUCUCCGGCUACGCGCAGGCGGGGGAACUGGGGGUCGCAAGGCUUCUUUUCGACAGGGCGCCGACAAAAGAUGUGUUCACUUGGACCGCGAUGCUGUCGGGUUAUGCGCAGAAUGGUAUGCUGGAGGAGGCCAGGAGGGUGUUCGACAAAAUGCCCGAGAAGAAUGAAGUAUCCUGGAACGCCAUGAUCGCAGGGUACGUGCAGCAUUGCAGGAUGGAGCAGGCGAUGGAGCUGUUCGGCGUAAUGCCGUGCCGGAACAUCAGCUCCUGGAACACGAUGAUCACGGGGUACGCCCAGAAUGGGGAGCUCAGCCACGCCCGGAAGCUGUUCGACGAGAUGCCUCGGCGGGACUCAAUCUCCUGGGCGGCGAUGAUCGCCGGCCACUCCCAGUCCGGCUUGAGCGAAGAGGCGCUGGGACUGUUCAUAGAGAUGGGGCGGCUGGGGGAGAGGCUGAACCGUUCCGCCUACACCUGCGCUCUAAGCACAUGCGCCGACAUCUCCGCCCUAGAGUGCGGGCGGCAGGUGCACGGGCGGCUGGUCAAGGCCGGCUACGCGGCGGGCUGCUUCGUUGGCAACGCCCUGCUGGCGAUGUACUGCAAAUGCGGCAGUAUAGACGAGGCCUACGACGCGUUCAUGGAGAUGCCGGCCAAGGACGUCGUCACCUGGAACACCAUGAUCGCCGGGUUCGCCCGGCACGGCUUCGGCAGAGAGGCGCUGGAGGUCUUCGACUGGAUGCUGGACCUCCAUACCAGGCCCGACGACGUCACCCUGGUAAUAAACCUUAGCAGAGCAGAGCUUCUUCUACUUCUUCGUCUUCCUCAAAGUGGAAGCGAUGCUUAACCUUUCUUCUCCUCCAGGUGGGCGUCCUGUCGGCAUGCGGCCACGCGGGGUUGGUGGAGAAGGGCAUUGGGUGCUUCUACGCCAUGGAGAGGGACUUCGGAAUCACACCAAAGCCGCAGCACUACACCUGCAUGAUCGAUCUCCUGGGACGAGCGGGGCGGCUCGGGGAGGCCCAGGUUCUCAUGCAGAGCAUGCCCUUCGAGCCGGACGCCACCAUGUGGGGCGCCCUCCUCGGCGCUAGCCGGAUCCACGGGGACACCGAGCUGGGGGAAUCAGCGGCGAGGAGGAUCUUCGAGAUGGAGCCAGAGAACUCCGGCAUGUACGUUUUGCUGUCCAACCUCUACGCUGCCGCCGGCAAAUGGGCUGACGUGGGGAGGAUGAGGGUGAUGAUGCGGGACAAGGGCGUCAGGAAGGUUCCCGGCUUCAGCUGGAUCGAAGUGCAGAACGUCGUCCACACCUUCUCUGUCGGGGACGCGGCGCACCCUCAGAAGGAAGAGAUCUACGCCUUCCUGGAGGAUUUGGAUCGCCGGCUGAAGAAGGCCGGGCACGUCUCGGUCACGAAGACCGUACUCCACGACGUGGAGGAGGAGGAGAAGGAGCAGAUGCUCAAGUACCACAGCGAGCGCCUGGCCGUCGCCUUCGGGAUCCUCCGCGUCCCCCGCGGCAGGCCCAUUCGGGUCAUCAAGAACCUCCGCGUCUGCGAGGACUGCCACAGCGCCAUCAAGUACAUCUCCGCCAUGGAGGGGCGGCUGAUCAUUCUUCGGGAUUCCAAUAGGUUUCACCAUUUCAGCGGCGGCUCCUGUUCUUGUGGGGAUUACUGGUGA